CCCAACCCUGCUCGACAACCUUAUCUCUUCUAUCAACCUUGUUUUGCGACCAUCGAAACUUGUUGAUUCCUGCUUUCAAAAUUGUAACGAAAAUUAACAAAACACCAACAGAGCAACAGAUCGACUCUCCAUAAAUUAAGAAGAAGAAGAAGAACAGUCCAAGUCCUUCCAAUCGGAAUUUCCAAUAAUUGUUUAUUCCCUGCGCUUCAUAUUUUGGAUCUUUCAAAAUGGGACCCAGAGCAAAAUCAAAAAGAGAACCAAGUAACCCUACAUGCGACAUUUGUGGCAAAGUAUUUACGAGAAAAUAUAACUUGAAAAUUCACAUGAAAAAUCACGAGCUGGACGUGGAGGCAGCUUGUCCUCAUUGCCACGAGGUCUUUCAGAGGCAAUGGAUUUUAAAAAACCACAUAUCACAGGUUCAUUGUCCUGUUGAACAACGAACCUGUCACAUAUGUAACAAAAUCUUACAAUGGAAAAGCAAUUUAAAAGAACAUAUUCUGGUCAGCCACCAUCAAGUCAAAAAACAUAGUUGCAAGUUCUGCUGUUCUACGUUUACAAGAAGAGCGCACCUGCAUGCUCACGUCAAAAAAUCCCAUAAAGAAAGUUUGAUUCCUGAGGAGAACGAGGAGGUGGAGGAAGAGGAGGAAGUGGAAGAAGAAGAAGAAGUGGAGGAAGAGGAGGAAGAGGUGGAGGAAGAAGAGGAGGAAGAAGAGGAGGAAGUGGAAGAGGAAGAAGUGGAGGAAGAGAAGGAAAAAACAGAAAAACAGGAAACAACAGACAAGGGAGAAGUUCUUAUUUCUAUUAAAAUAGAUAGAGAGAGAAAAAAUCUAACAAUCUCCAUAAACACCCAGGGGAAACAAAAUACUAUAAAGCUAAAUACUUAGAAACUCAUUUAAAAAAUUUUUUUUUCAUUUGAUAUUGCUUUAAAAAAAGCCCUAGAAAAGUAAUUUGUAAGAAUUUUCAUUUAUUAGAAUUUUAUUAAAUAUAAUUUCCUUUUUCGCCGAAUUGUAAUUAGACGGAAGUUCCCUCAUAUGUUUAAUAAAAUUAAAAUUAUUUUUAAU